CAAAACUGUGCACUUCGAAAGGCCAGAUUUUGUCAUACGGGGCAUGAAUUGUGAUCUUUCAAUCUUUUUGACGCCGACCUGUCCUGGACUGUUUCUGCCGCUUGAUGUUUGCGGUCGUCUCAUCAAGGCAGAGAGAGAGAGAGAGGCGCUUCCCGCACAGCUAUAUCGGACGCCCGCAUCAGCAGCUCCCGGUCUCACUGCUCACACACACACACAGGGAGAGGACAUUGGACUGAAACUGAUGGUGCUGCACAUUUGAAUAAUAAUAAUAAUAAUAAUAAUACAAAUAAUAAACUCACCAAGGAGAAUACACCCGGAAUUUGAGGGAAACAGUAUUUGGACACUAUGGAGAUGUCAGAAUCAGUCACACAGCAUGAGCGGCUCCAGGCUAUAGCAGAAAAGAGGAAAAGACAGACAGAAAUUGAGAACAAGAAGAGACAACUAGAAGAUGACAAACGACAGCUCCAGCACCUCAAGUCAAAGGCACUGAGAGAAAGAUGGCUGCUGGAUGGUGCGCCCUCUGCAGGCCCUGAAGAAGACGAGACCAAGAAACAGCUGUGUGAGGAUGAAGCCAAGACCAGAGGCCUUGAGGAGACUAUUCUCAGACUGGAAAGAGAGCUAGAAGAACUGGAGACAGGUGUGUCUGCAACAUCCACCAAAGAAAACCUAUCAGACAUGGCACAGGAAAUCAACACCAUCAUAGUAGGAAAGGUUGUGACAGACUCUGUGAAAGUGGUGCAUGAGGUGCGCACUGUGGAUGGGGCAGUAACCAAUGGUGUUCACCAGCUCAACUCUACAGAGGUGGAUGAGCUCCUCCAAAAAGCUGAUGAGGUGACAAUAUGUGAGAGCAGUAAGACCAUAACUCGCCUGGAGAGUAGUAAAGCUGAGGAAACUGAGAUGGUGGAGAAGGUGGAAAAAGAGGUAGUCCCAACUGCAGCUGGCUCCACUUCCAUAAAGGAGAUUACCGGUGUGGAAGCGAAACUUGCAGCCCCUCAGACAGAAAUGGGUGGGGCCAGUGCAGAGAACCCGGAAACGGUGGUUUUCAUGGGCUACCAGAAUGUGGAGGAGGAGGAUGAGGCAAAGAAGGUUUUGGGGCUCGAGAGCGUGACCGUAAAGGCAGAGGUGGUGGUCAUCGAGGAUGGAGAUGCAAAAAACACAGCCACUGACAUCAAGGAGGAGCAGGCGCCACCUAAUGGCAGCCCAGCUGAGCCACCAAAGGCUGAAGAGGUAGCAGGCGAGUCUGGGCAGUCAGAGGGUGGCACUACUGAGGUGAAGAGCAAGGAGAAACAACCCUGGAAAUGCUGCAUUAUUAUGUGAGCCCCACCACACCCUUCCAAACAUGGACUUGACGAUGAAAUGAAACAAACAGAGAGAACAAUAGCAAGGCAGAGAAGAAUAAACUUUCAAUAUCUUUUGAUAGAAAGCUGUUGUUUCCUUAUUGAUUUUUACCCAUUUUAUAUUUACCGUAUUACUUUUAAACCUUUACCCAUGAUCCUCUAUAACCUCAUUUCAGUUUCAUGUAUUUUUUUUUCUGGAUUGGAUCUAUUGUGGCUGAUAUGAAUCAUGUCACAUUAGUGGCACUGUUGCCACAAUCCUCUGAGAAAAGUCUAAAAUUUAAAGACCAUUUUUCUUUACACUUUAAUCGAACUGAAGCAGUCACUGUCUGACAAGCCCCUUUAUUCAGCAUUCACUUUACAUAAAAUUAGUUUUUUUUCUUUUCAUAUGGAGGACUCGAAAUCUCUAUAUAACUAUAUAAUGUAUAUGAACCUUUUAUUUUUGAAAAAAAUAUGUAAUUUAUUUUGAGUUAACUUGUUAAAAACCCAGAAUUUUUGUAAAAGCAUGAUAUGUUGCGUGCUCUACACAAGUAGUGUCACUUUCUCAAGAAAAGAAAAAAUUGAAGAUUAAUCCCAACAUUAUGCAUUGUGCUCUAUUUAUUACUCAUUAAACUAUUUGUUCUGGUUUCCUAAGAUAGGAAUACAAUUUGUGGUAUUUUCAGAGCACAUUUGGCAUUUGCUUAGAAAUGAUAGAAUCGUUUAAACGAGUGCAGUCAUCAUACAGGUGGUUUAAUGUGUAUCCUUAUGAUUGGUGAUAAGGUUGUAUAAGGAAUGUUUGACAAAUUCCUGUUUACUUCUAAUGUGGACAUGAGAAUGGUUCUAUGAGUGCUUUCUUUUACCAAAAUGCCCCCAUUCUUUUUUCGACUAUACAUCACAUCCCUCCCUCCCUCACACACACACACACACACACACACACACAUGUUUGUGUGGCUAUCCGUAUGAGGACUCUCUCCAUAGACAUAAUUAUUUUUAUACUGUAUGAACUAUAGAAUCUAUAUCCUUAAUCCUAACCCUCACAAAAAAACUUUCUGCAAUUUUACAUAUUCAAAAAAACAUAGAUUAAUAUGUUUGUUUUUUUAAGCGAUUUGAAUUAUGGGGAUACUUGAAAUGUCCUCAUAAACCACAUUUAUAGCAUAAUACCUUGUAAUCACCAGUUUGUAACCUAAACAAACGUCCUCGUAGUUUUCUCAUGAUUAUACAAGAAUUUCCAUCUCUAAACUCAUUAUCUCACAAAUAUUUACAGUAUUUAAACAGUUCUGCACAUGAUGAGACAUUUGAGGUGUUUAAGUAUCAAGUUGGCUGUGUCCAGGAUGGGAUUUAGAUCGUAUGCCAGUCCACACUGCCAUCAGCCCUUCUCUUAAACAGGGUGACUGACAGCUCAUUCCUAACAAAUGACAUCAUUGAAUCGCUCCAGCCAUUCCUAUACAGGAUCCUUCAUGCGUGUAAACAAGUUUCAGAAUAAGCAAAGCUCUCUCACUUCCUACACACAAUCAAAACAGGUCCUGAGACAGAAUGGACAGGAAAAACAAUAUCCUUCCUUGGGUUGUUUCAGCAUCAAUUAAAUGGCUGGAAGUGUGGCGGGGUACUGGAAACAUAAAAUUGCUUAUUAGAGUUUCAUUAUCUUUUUCCUUUUCAGAUACCCAUUAUAAAAUAUUAAGAUUUUCUACUGGUGAAAACUGAAAAAUUUGUAAUACAUUUUUAAGUAGCUACGAUGUAAAAUGCUUCAGUAUUAACACAAAACGAAUGCUUGUUUUUGCACAAAAGAUGACUGACUGCAUUUUGGUUUAAUGUGGUGCUAAUUCAUGUUCAUGUUCUAUUUUUAUUUGUUUUCCAUCACAAAUGGAAAUGCAAAUAAUUUUUGUUAUACAUUACGUUGGAGAGUGUUAAUGAAUUUUAUUCCCUUGUAAGUACCUUACUUAUAAAUUACUUACGUAAUGAAUUUUGUUUAGAGAUGACAAAAUGUUGUAGCUAAACAAAAUUUUUGGGGAAUUAAUUUAUGUAGUGCUUAUUUCACUGUUACUACUAGCUGGCCCAAAGGUGUUCUAGAUGGAGUGUGUUUGUGUUCAAGUGUGUCUGCGUGGUUGCAUUCAUGAUCUAUGUCUGUUUUACUGCCCUAAUAAUGAACAUUAGCUAUAUGGAGAUUGGUGUGUGUGUGUGUGUGUGUGUGUGUGUGUGUGUGUGUGUGUGUGUGUGUGUGUGUGUGUGUGUGUGUGUGUGUGUGUGUGUGUGUGUGUGUGUGCGUGUUUUUGUGAUUUACAAGGACAAUUUUGUAAGUUACAAAUGAGUAAUUACAAGGGUAUUAUGCUAUAAAUGUGAUUUAUGAGGACAUUUCUAGUGUCCCCAUAAUUCAAAUCGCUUAAAAAUCAUACUAAACAAUGUUUUAUUGAAAAUGUAAAAAUGCAGAAGGUUUUCUGUGAGGGUUAGGUUUAGGGGUUGUGUUAGGUUUAGAGGAUAGAAUCUAUAGUUUGUACAGUAUAAAAGUCAUUAUGUCUAUGGAAAGUCCUCAUAAUGAUAGGUAGACCAACAUGUGUGUGUGUGUGUGCGCGCGCGCAUGCGCGCACUAUGGCUGUAACCCCUGACUUGAGGAGCCUAAAGAUCCUGCUGUUGGUAAACUCUUUUUUUGUCUUUUCAUGUUCACACACAUGCACACACACACACACAGAGAGAGAGAGAGCAAGAGAGAGAGUGCACAGCAGUUUCUGUGAAGUUGGCUUAUGUAGCUCCACUGGUAGAACAUGGCACUAGCAAUGCCAAGGUAAUUGGUUCAAAUCCGAGGGAACAUACAAACUGAUAAAAUGCACACAAUGAAUACACUCUAUAUUUUUUGAAUUUCCCACAAUGCUCAAUUGUAAGUUUCAUGGUUUCACUUUUUCUGCACACCUUACCAUCAGUACUAUACAUUUCAGAUCUAACGCAUUCUUCAUCUGUGAAUGCCUUGUCAUCCAGCCAUGGGCCUGGCAUAUUUCUUUGUACAGAUGCAUGCUUUUAUAGGUACAUAAAUAACAUAUAUACAUAAACAUUUCCUUGUUAGAUAAUGUAUCUGCUCUUGAACCCCUAACAACUGAUGACAAGCUACUGUAAUGAUAACAUUCAAAGGCAUGAUAGCAGAGUAAAUGUAGGAACAUCUGACCUGGUUCUAAUGAGCAAUGAGCUAUAAUGGGCAGUCCAGACAGGGUCAAUCUCUACCUGUCCUAGCAGCCCUAUAUUAUUGAUUUUCCUUAUGAUGUGUGUGUGCUCUUACUGCCACUGCUGUCUGUAUGUUGUGAAGGUCUGCUUUCUUACCAACCUGACAGAGCUAUAGAACUAGUUGGAACGAGAUAUUAAAAUGUGACGUGCUUCAUGGAAACUAUUGCCUCUGUCUCUUCUUCUUUGUAACAGGAAUGUACCAUGUGCUUGGAUCACAAUUCUGAAAUCUUGACAUGUAAACAUGUACAAUAAAAACUUUAUUUAG